AAAGCACAAGCGGCGAAUCACUUCAGCCCUCAGCAGGUGGACGUGACGUCACGGCACUACAACUCUCAUGUUCUGAAACUCACAAAACACUGUCUUGUCUUUACUUUGACAAAUUAAUCUUGUACAUCUUUUACGCUUCCACGCUCUUUGUAAACAGUCCCGAAUAAACGCAACGAGCGGGUCGCGAGGUCCGUGAACUAGUUCACCGGGACGCGCACGGCGGAUGAAUACACUUGUUUACAUUGUGCUCCACGCGGCAGAUGCGGUGUGACUGGCAGGCAGCGCGCAGCUACGCGAGCUUCAUGGGAGCCCGACACACAGCGCUUACCAGCUCGCGAAAGUUCGUUCCGCGGUCUCUGUUCAAGUCUUCUAAUCUGUCCGUUGUACAGCCAGUUCAUCCCCGGUGUUACCUGCCCUUAGGAUCUGGUUCCCUCACACUUCAUGCUCCAUUGUGACGUCUAUUAAAGACAUUUGUCCAUUCAGCACAACUGGGAUUCACGUUAAGGUUGUCAUACCGACAUGCUGGAGUCCAAGACUGAUCAAACAACCAAUAGCAGUCCAGCUGGGCAGGAAUGUCAGAGCACAGAGAGUGAGAAGAGAGAAAAUUCUUCGUCACAGUCACUCACAACCCAGAUCCUGCAAACACAAGUGCUACAAGUUGCUCAACAACAACAACAACAGCAGCAGCAACAGCAGCAGCAGAGUGGUGAGAAGUCCCCGAAGAGCACAGAAAAGGAGGCAGACACACAGGUGCCUGUGUCUGUGGGGAUGAUAACUCAGAUGAUCACCCCUCAGCAGAUGCAGCAGAUCCUCCAGCAGCAGGUCUUGAGUCCCCAACAGCUCCAACUGUUACUGCAACAACAACAGGCCCUCAUGUUACAGCAGCAACAUCUCCAGGAGUUCUAUAAGAAGCAGCAAGAGGAAAUCCACUUACAGCUUCUGCAGCAUCAGCAUGUUGGAAAAGCCAGUAAAGAGCAGCAGAUGAUGGCUCAGCAGAUGGCCAUCCAACAACAGUUACUCUCCGUUCAACAGCAGCACCUACUGAACCUGCAGAGACAGGGCCUGCUCUCUAUCCCGUCGGCACUUACCAACACUCUGUCUCAAGGCCUGAUCCCUCCUGAACUUCAGCAGCUGUGGAAAGAGACAGCAGACGCACGGCAGGAGGAGAAGAAUAGAGGAGACAAGUCCCCUUCUCCCCCCAAAACCCAGAUCAUCAACCACCACUCCAGCACUAAUGGACAUCAAGUGCCCCGACCCGGCCGGAGAGAAAGUUCUCAGGAGAGUCAUUCCCAGAGCGGUCAUCCUCUGUACAGCCAUGGCGUGUGCAAGUGGCCAGGCUGCGAAGCAGUGUUCGGAGACUUCCAGUCAUUUCUCAAGCAUUUGAACAACGAACAUGCACUGGACGACAAGAGCACGGCGCAAUGCAGAGUUCAGAUGCAGGUGGUUCAGCAGCUGGAAUUGCAGCUCACUAAAGACAAAGAACGUCUUCAAGCCAUGAUGGCCCACCUUCAUGUCAAAUCUACUGAGCCCAAACCAGCCCCUCAGCCAGUAAAUCUGGUUUCCAACCUCACUCUUGCCAAGGGAACUGUUCCCAAGACCACUCCCUCUAUGAGUCUUUCCCAGAGUGCCACAGCACCAUCCACCCCCCUCACAUCACUGCCCCAGACACCCUCCGUCAUUAUCCCCACCAGCCUGCACAGCAUGGGACCUAUCCGCAAACGCUACUCUGACAAAUACAACAUGGCCAUGGACCAAGAUAUUGUGCAGAAUAAGGAGUUUUACCUGAGUGCUGAAGUCAGGCCUCCAUUUACAUAUGCAGCUUUGAUCAGACAGGCCAUUUUGGAGUCUCCAGAAAAGCAGCUAACACUAAAUGAAAUCUACAACUGGUUCACUCGAACAUUUGCGUAUUUCAGACGCAAUGCAGCAACGUGGAAGAACGCUGUUCGCCACAACCUCAGUCUCCAUAAGUGUUUCGUACGAGUGGAGAAUGUGAAGGGGGCCGUUUGGACCGUGGAUGAGUUGGAGUUUCAGAAAAGGCGACCUCAGAAGAUCACUGGAUCACCUCUGGUGAAGAACAUCCAGAAUAGUUUGGGUCAGAGUCCUGCCCUAUCUGCUCUGCAGGCAGCGAUGGCGGACAGCAGUCUGCCCCUAUAUGGCUCUGCGUCUAUGGGAGUGUCCAGUCUGAAGGCCCUGGCCAGCACUAUGCAUGAGGACAUGACUUCUCACGAGCAGGAUGACUGCUCCCACAGCGAUUCCUCCAGUCUGGAGCUCUCUCCUCUGCCCACACUGCAUCAGUCUCAAAUUAAAGAGGAGCAAAUGGAGGUCGAGGACUAUAAUGGCUCCAUGUCUCCUGAGACAGAUGACCAGCACAGUCCAGAUACCAACCACCAUGCUGAAUACACCGAUGAGCACGACACGGUCUGUCAGCCGGCUUUCUCCUGAAACCAUCUCCAUCACUUAUUCUCAUUCACAUUCACUGCUGAGAUCUGUCCAAUGUACCAACAGACUCUGAGAACCCUGACACAUGAAAGUUAAAGCCGCAACUAUUCCUCUCGGGAACAAGCGUUUAUUUAUUGUUUCAAUGAACCUGUUUGUGUUGUAUGCAAUGGAUUGACCUCACUGGUACUAAAGGGCUCCUCUGUGUUGAGGUUUAUACAUUAGAAAAGUUUGCCCAUCAACUUGCAGAUAAAGAGUGCACUGUAUGCUACACAUAUUUUGUUUGUAAAUUAAACACUACAGCACCUGAAUUGAAUCAGCAGCUUACCUUAAAGGGUAGAUUGUUUCCCUGUCAACCAAGAAAAUGUUAUGCCCGUAUGAAUGAACUUUUUUACUAAGAUGUCUAGGACCAGAUUUGUUUAGCCUCCUUGAAAUCUCAAGACUACGAAUUCUCACCUUGUGAAUGCUCUUUAUUGAAAAUGCAAGUUCGAAUCACCUCAAGUACUGUAGGGUUAGUUGCCAUGUUGGUAACGUGUGGCCUUAAAUUUCGGGCUGCUCAUUGGUAGAAUUGAAACUGAAAUUGUGAAUGUUUAUCUUUUUUUUUUACCUCUGUUUUUUUCACAAACACAAAACCAAACUUAAGGGGAACAUUUUAUAACCAGCACUUGAUGAAUGUUUUUUCAAUUUUACUUUUUGCUUCUGUUUUGAUUUGUUUUUCACUAGUGUGUACAGAAGGUCACUGUAUUUCUAUCAUCCACAACAUUUAAACCGAAACGGCGCAAAACGCACUCAAGUCUCAUCUUCAACAGACCGAGUUAUUCAGUUACUAAUGAAGCUAAGCCAAAUGUUUUCCUUUGUAUUUGAGUAGAGAAAUAUUUUGUCUAGUUUGGUUAUAUAAAAACAACAGCUACCAAAGAUUGUGAAAGAUGUUAUGUUGUGUACCCUGUUUACAUUGUCUCUUUUGAUAUGGCCAAUACUAAGAAGUCUUCAUGCUAGUCAAUUUAGAUAAAAAUAGAGAGUGCAUAUAAUGUCCUACUCAUUGCAUUGAGUAAUUAAACUGUAAUUGUACCACAAACAAACUGAUGAAAUGGAAAGAAUGAAUAAUUUAUGAAUGUUACACGUCCAAAAGAAAUGGAUGGCAUAUAUUUCAAAUCAACUAUUUCAGUUUGUACCACACUUCUGAAUAAAUGGCCUUAUAAUUAAUAACUUUUUCUUUGUAUAAUAAUGUGAAAAUGUAUAUGCUGACAUAUGUAUGUUUAUCUCUGUUUGGUCCAUCAACAAAAAAACAAGUAUUCCAAAAAUAAUUAAUAGGUUUAUUUUUUUAUUUUAAAUAAUUUUCAAUAAUUAGAUAUCCCGUUUUUGCUUUUAAUGAAUUAUCUAGAAUAAAUAGUGGCCCAAUUGAGAACAGGAAUAGUGCAGACUCUUUAGGUCAGCAUCUUUUAGGUGCUACAUCAGCAUAAAAAUAAUACACAUCAUCAAUUUAGAUUUUGUACCAUGACUUUACAUUUCUUUAUUAUAUUUAUCAUUUGUGGAUACACUGAAAAAAUAGCAUAUGGUAAUAAAAAAAAAAAUCUUUUUUUUUUAUCAAUGUCCUUCCAUGUAGUUUUUUUUUUUUACUUUCCAAGUCAGCUGCAUGUGAGAAAAUAUAUUACUACAUACAAAGAUCAAUAAGAAAAUACAGAAUACAAUAUAUUAAAGUUGUCAUAGACGUGUCUUACUAUCUGUCAAAAACAGCAAUAACUUGAUACAGGUAUGUAAAAGAAAUGGCACAGCUUAAAUCGUAAUUGAAUACAGAGCAUAUGAAUACAUUGUCUUUGGUUACAAACAACUUCUUGAAAUUUUUAAUCUGUGAACAUGAAAUACAGACUGAAACGUUAUGAAGAUGGAAACUUACUCCACCUGUCUUGAUCAGUUUAAAGACUGAUUACAUUCCAAUAUAAUGUUCCACUACACAAUAUGGCAGGCACAACAGUACAGCAUGAUGUAUGACGUUCUGACCAAGCUUAUGUUUCAUAAAUGAUGUCGUGUGGAUGGUGUAUUUUAUUCUAUUUGUGAACAGUGCACGAAAUAUUACAUAACAUAAGGGGACAAAUUUAAUUCCUUCCUACUAUAAAGGCAAACAAAUUACAUGACUAUCAGCCCUCAUUAUGACAUUAUACUACAUACUUGCAAUGAUUCUCUUUACACUGGAACUCCAGCACAGCACAUUGACUGUUUAGCUUAACGACUACGCCAUGUCUGGUCCUCCAUCUCAAACACUCUCAAACUUCCCCUAUCGCUCGCUAACUCUUCGGGCCAGAUUCAGAAACCAUGGCACCUCCUUUCCAGUCAAAAGGAUAAAAAAAUUUCACAUUUGAAAUUUGCUGUUGAAUAAAAAACAUUAUUUGACCAGUAAUUUUGGCUACAUCCACACUAACCUGUUUUCAUUUGAAAACGGUUUUCAGUUUCUUAAUGUCAUCGUUUUCUAAACACCAUUUUCUGGAGAGGAAAACGGCAUUCUAGUGUGGAUGAAAGGCGUAAACGUAAAUUAAUGUUUUCAAAUGAAACGUAUUAGCGUGGACGUUGCCUUAGUUUUCAAUGUAAUUGUUUUGCCUGAGUUUUCAAACAAAAACGGAUUAGUGUUUAUGUGGCCUACUAAUAUGUUUUGGUUUGAAAACGCAUUUUAGCUACAUUAAUGCCUCUAUCCACAUUAGAACUGUUUCCCUCCUCUGAAAAUGGAGCGGUUUGAAAAAAACUCUCCCAUAACCGCAUACUUUGGAAAACAAUGGUGUUGGAGUUUCCAAAUGAAAAUGGAUUGUUGUGGACUUGACCUACUAAGUUUUAGAUUAUAAACACAUUUGAUGCCUCUCAUCCACACUAGAAUGGUGUUUCCUCCACCAAAAAUGGAGCGUUUCGAAAAAACUACACAGCCACAUACUUUGGAAAACAAUGAUGUCAGGAAACUGAAAACUGAGUUUAUGGAUUAGUGACGGAUUAGUGUGCACGUGGCCUACUAAUAUGUUUUUCAUUUGAAAACGCAUUAAUUUAGCUACAUUUAAACCUCUCAUCCACAUUAGAACGCCAUAUUCCUUCACUGAAAACGAAGCGUUUCGAACACACUCCAGGUUAGGAAACUGAAAAUGGAAUUUGACAAAAAUGUAUUACUGUGGUUGUGACAUACUAACACAUUUUUAACUGAAAACGCAUUUAUUUCUCUACAUUCACGCCUCUCAUCCACAUUAAAAUGGUGUUUUCCUCCACCAAAAACUGAGCAUUUCAGAAACGCCCUCCAUAACCGCAUACUUUGGAAAACGUUGGCGUUAGGAAACUAUAAAUUGAGUUUUCAAACAGAAACAGAUUGAUGUGGACAUGACCUACUAAUAAGCUUUUGUUAAAAACAUUCAUUUUGCUACGUUUAAACCUCUCAUGCACAUUAGAACGGCCUUUUUUCCUCCAUCACAAUUGGAGCGUUUCGAAAACACUCAUAAGCGAUGAAGUUUCAAACAACACUUAUUUUAUAGCUUCCUAUCGGCAUCAUUCCAGAGUUUUCAAACAAAAACGGAUUGGUUUGGACAAGAACUACUACUAAGUUUUUGUUAGAAAUGCAUAAAUUUAGCUAGAUUAGAACUACGUUUCCCUCCAUCGAAACAGAGCGUUUCGAGAACACUCUCCAUACCUGUAUACGUUGGGAAACAAUGACAUUGUGACACUGAAAACGGAUUAGUGUUAAUGUGGCCUACUAAUACAUUUUCGUUUGAAAACGCAUUAAUUUAGCUACAUUUAUGCCUCUCAUCCACAUUAGAACUGUGUUUCCCCCC